AUUUGAAACAGUCUGUCCAUGAGCCCAUUGAGAAAGCCCGGCGCCUUAAUUUCUUCGUUCCUUGUAUUGUGGCGCGAGAUCAUGCAAUUCCAUUUUACAGUUAUAAACCGUCGUUACGAUUCCGCAUCUCAACUUCAACCAAGAUCUCAAUCAUCUCAUUUUCCCGCAUCUCAACUUCAAAUAAGAUCUCAAUCAUCUCAAUUCGCUUCGUUUCGUCAUUCCAAACAAGGUAGUAACAAUGAAGUUGUAGAUGGAAACUUGAACAAGUAAUCGGAUUCAAAUUAAUGGAGUGGACAACGUUACAUCAUCUUGAUCUCCGUCACGUAGGGCGUGGGGUCGUACCUUUUCAGCCUCAUGCUGCUUCCUUUCAUUCUCAUCAGGCAGUCGUUGCCGUCGCCAUUGGAACCUACAUCGUCGAAUUUGAUGCAUUGACAGGAAGCAAGAUUUCUGCUCUUGACAUUGGUGCACCUGUUGUCCGCAUGUCAUAUAGUCCUACAAGUGGGCAUUCUGUGAUUGCGAUCCUCCAGGAUUGUACAAUAAGAUCUUGCGAUUUUGACUUAGAGCAAACAUGUGUAUUGCAUUCGCCCGAGAAGAAGAAUGAGAAAAUUUAUUCUGAUACAGAAGUUCAUCUGGCAAUGACUCCAUUACAACAUGUUGUGUUUUUUGGAUUUCUUAAACGGAUGAGUGUUACAGUUGUUGGAACUGUUGAAGGCGGUAGAGCACCCACAAAAAUCAAGACAGACUUGAAGAAGCCUAUUGUGAAUCUUGCUUGUCAUCCUCGCCUUCCUGUUUUGUAUGUUGCUUAUGCAGAAGGUCUGAUUCGAGCAUAUAACAUUCACACCUAUGCUGUUCAUUACACACUACAACUUGAAAAUACUAUAAAGCUUAAUGGGACUAGUGCAUUUGCAUUUCAUCCAACUCUAGAAUGGAUUUUUGUUGGUGAUCGACGCGGUACACUUUUGGCAUGGGAUGUAUCAACUGAGAAGCCUAGUAUGAUUGGAAUAAUUCAAGUUGGCUCACAACCAAUAACAUCAGUUGCUUGGCUCACCACUUUGCGUAUACUUGUGACCGUAUCAAAGGAUGGAAAUAUGAAAGUUUGGAAAACACGGGUUAUAGUUAAUCCUAAUAGACCUCCUAUGCCAGCAAAUUUUUUUGAGCCUGCUGCAAUUGAAUUGAUUGAUAUCCCACGUAUCCUUUCUCAACAAGGCGGAGAAGCAGUGUAUCCCUUACCACGGAUUAAAGCCAUAGAAUUUCAUCCAAAAUCUAAUUUGGCAGCAUUAGUGUUUGCAAAUGUAACAACUGGAGAUAAUUCAAAAAACAAGACAUCCAGUAGAGAAAGGAGAAAACAACUUUUUGCAGUUUUGCAAGGUGCACGGGGAUCGUCGGCAUCUGUUUUAAAAGAAAAAUUGUCAGUCUUGGGUUCAUCUGGAGUCUUAGCAGAUCAUCAGCUUCAAGCUCAAUUACAAGAACAUCAUCUGAAAGGCCAUAGUCAUCUUACAAUAUCAGACAUUGCAAGGAAGGCUUUUCUUCACAGUCAUUUUAUGGAAGGCCAUACAAAAAGUGCCCCCAUAUCUCGCUUACCCCUCAUUGCUGUUCUAGAUACCAAGCAUCAUCUGAAGGACAUUCCUAUUCUCCAGCCAUUCCAUUUGGAGCUUAAUUUUUUCAAUAAAGAGAACCGAGUUCUUCAUUAUCCUGUCAGGGCUUUUUAUGUGGAGGGACCAAAUCUUAUGGCAUAUAACCUCUCAUCUGGAUUGGAGAAUACCUACAAAAAGCUCUAUAACUCGAUUCCUGCCAGUGUGGAGUAUCGAGCAAAUUACUUGAUUUACAGUAAAAAGCAACAUCUAUUUCUUGUAGUUUAUGAAUUUAGUGGCAUUACAAAUGAAGUUGUGCUUUAUCGGGAAAAUACUGAAAUAGAGACAGUAAACAGUAAAAGCAGCACCUUGAAAGGUAUAGAUGCAGCAUUUAUUGGUCCCAAUGAAAGUCAGUUUGCUAUUCUUGAUGAUGACAAGACAGGGCUGGCAGUAUAUAUUUUACCAGGAGGGCCCUCACAAGAAGCUAAGGAAAUUGAUAAAGUUUUUGAAGAAAAUCAACCUACAGAAACUAGUGAUAAUUCAAUUCGGGGACCAACGCCAUUUAUGUUUGAAACUGAAGUUGAUCGUAUCUUUUCUACUCCUAUAGAUUCAACCUUGAUGUUCGCUUCUCAUGGGAACCAAAUUGGAUUAGUAAAGCUCAUACAAGGGUACCGCCUUUCAACUUCAACUUCAACUUCUAAUGGGCAUUAUAUAUCAACCAAGAGCGAGGGAAAAAAGUCAAUCAAGUUGAAAAUAAAUGAGAUUGUACUCCAGGUGCACUGGCAAGAGACUCUUAGAGGACAAGUUGCAGGGAUUUUGACAACACAGAGAGUUCUUAUUGUUUCUGCAACACUUGAUAUACUUGCAGGCACUUCUACAAAUUUUGACAAGGGACUUCCUCCAUUCAGAUCUCUCUUAUGGGUUGGGCCUGCCCUUCUUUUUUCUACUGCCACUGCAAUCAGUAUACUAGGCUGGGAUGGAAAAGUGAGGUCCAUUCUUUCAAUAAGUAUGCCUCAUGCAGUCUUGGUUGGUGCUUUGAAUGAUCGAUUGUUGCUUGCUAGCCCGACUGACAUAAAUCCCAGACAGAAGAAGGGAGUUGAGAUCAAAAGCUGUCUUGUUGGUCUUCUUGAGCCGCUUCUAAUUGGAUUUGUCACAAUGCAACAAAGUUUUAAGCAAAAGCUCGAAUUGUCAGAAAUACUAUACCAAAUAACAUCAAGGUUUGACAGCUUGCGCGUAACACCAAGGUCUGUGGACAUCCUUGCUUUAGGUUCUCCUGUUUGUGGAGAUUUAGCUGUGUCAUUAUCCCAAUCAGGUCCACAGUUCACCCAGGUGGUGCGGGGUGUCUAUGCUGUGAAAUCUCUUCAUUUCUCAACAGCUUUAUCUGUUUUGAAAGAUGAGUUUCUGCGUUCAAGAGACUAUCCACGAUGCCCUCCUACAUCUCAUUUGUUUCACAGGUUCAGACAGUUGGGUUAUUCAUGUAUCAGGUUUGGUCAGUUUGAUAAAGCAAAAGAAACUUUUGAAGUUACUGCAGAUUAUGAAAGCAUGCUUGAUUUGUUUAUAUGCCAUCUUAAUCCUAGCGCCAUGAGGCGUCUUGCUCAGAAAUUGGAAGAAGAAGAUCUUGACUCAGAAUUGAGGCGACAUUGUGAAAGGAUUUUACGAAUUCGAUCAACUGGAUGGACACAGGGCAUAUUUGCCAACUUUGCUGCAGAAAGUAUGGUUCCUAAAGGACCUGAAUGGGGUGGUGGAAACUGGGAAAUCAAAACCCUUGCUACUGCAAAGGAUAUACCUAAGUGGGAGCUUGCUGCAGAGGUAACACCAUAUAUGAGGACUGAUGAUGCUGCGAUUCCAUCCAUAGUUGUAGAUCAUAUUGGUGUGUAUUUAGGCUCACUUAAAGGAAGAGGCAAUGUUGUAGAGGUAAAGGAAGAUAGCUUGGUCAAAGCCUUCACUCUGGCAGGCAGUGAUAUUAAAGCAAAUGGUCUUGAUGUAUCUCCAGUUAAAUCCAUACCUAAUCAAUUGAAGGGGGUUGAUAAGACCAAAGGUGAUUCACUAAUGGGUCUGGAGAGUCUUAAUAAACAGCUCACCAAUUCUUCUGCUGAUAAACAGGCUAAAGCAGCAGAAGAAUUUAAGAAAUCCAUGUAUGGAGCUGCUGAUGAUGAUAGCAGUAGUGAUGAGGAAGGAGUAUUGAAAACCAAAAAAAUACAUGUUAGAAUAAGAGACAAGCCAAUUGAUUCUUCUGUGGAUGUGAACAAAAUUAAAGAAGCGGCUAGUAAAUUUAAACUUGCCGAAGCGUUAACUCCAUCAAGGAGCAGGUCGUUAACCAGUGGACCGCAAGAUUUUGGCCAGCUUUUGGCCCUGUCCCCUGUAACAACGGGAAAGGCUGCUCGUACAGUUUCAACUCCUGGGGACUUUUUUGGUACAGAGGCCUUUGCUCGAUCAGAAUCAAUUUCGCAGCCAACUACUGGGGCUGCAGGUAGAGGACCUAUUCCAGAAGAUUUCUUUCAGAACACAGUUUCAUCCCUUCAGGUUGCUGCUUCAAUGCGCCCUGCUGGGUCUUAUCUCUCUAAAUUUACUCCAGGGGUUGAAAGCAGCCAAGCAACUACCAACCAGUUUAGUGCUUCUGAAGCUGAUGUAGGUUAUGUUCCUACUAAAGCUGUUCAACAACCUGUAGUUUCAAAUGAGUCCAUAGGACUUCCUGAUGGUGGUUUGCCACCACAAUCCUCGGUUCAGACAGCAGACAUGCCCCCAUCACAGCAGCAGACACCAAUUUCUACCCAACCCCUUGAUCUUAGUGUGCUUGGAGUACCAAAUUCUUCUGAUAAGCCUGCACAAGCUGGAUCUCCUCCAUCUUCUGUACGACCUGGACAGGUUCCCCAAGGAGCUGCUGCUUCUAUAUGUUUCAAGACUGGACUUGCUCACCUUGAGCUAAAUCAUCUUUCAGAUGCCUUGUCUUGCUUUAAUGAAGCUUUUCUUGCAUUAGCGAAGGAACAAUCUUGUGGAAGUGAUAUAAAAGCUCAAGCAACAAUCUGUGCUCAAUACAAGAUAACAGUCACUCUUCUCCAGGAAAUUGGACGUUUGCAAAAAGUUCAUGCUUCAAGGGCAAUCAGUGCAAAAGAUGAGAUGGCGAGACUUUCACGCCAUCUGGGUUCAUUGCCUCUUCUGGCUAAACACAGAAUAAAUUGCAUUCGAACUGCCAUAAAGCGAAACAUGGAGGUGCAAAAUUAUGCAUAUUCCAAGCAAAUGCUAGAACUACUAUUGUCCAAAGCACCUCCGAACAAGCAGGAGGAAUUUAGGAGCCUGAUGGACUUGUGUGUUCAGAGGGGUUUGACUAAUAAAUCCAUUGAUCCAUUGGAAGAUCCUUCGCAGUUCUGUGCUGCCACAUUAAGCAGACUGUCGACCAUUGGAUACGAUGUCUGUGAUCUAUGUGGAUCGAAAUUUUCAGCUGUAAAUACUCCUGGAUGUAUCAUCUGUGGAAUGGGAGGCAUCAAAAGAUCAGAUGCACUUGCAGGGUCAGUUGGCCCAGUCCCUUCUCCAUUUGGUUGAGUCCCCUAGCAGCGUGUUAACACUCCUCUGGAAUCUGUUGUGUUAACAUAACUUCAUUGUAAAGAGCACACAAAGCUGAUGGGAAAGGAGAAAAAGCUCUCACACUGAAUCCCAGAUCAUAUAGUUUCUGAGUUUUGCGUACACAGCCAAUGUUUUGUAGUGGUUAUUUGGGAUGGACUUUGCUGCCCCGCCCAUUCUUUAACAUAAGGUUUCCUUCCAGGUGAUUCUUUCUCUGUAAUUACAGAGUUUUGUUAUCCAAUAAUUUCUUAACACAUAUUGACCCGUUGUGAAUAUAGAAACAACAAGUUGAAUAGCAUAAUUCCAUUCUUGUUCAUAAUGCAUCA